AUGGAACAGGACUACUAUGAACUUCUUGGAGUGAGCACGAAUGCCCCAGAAGGUGAAAUCAAGAAGGCUUAUUAUGGGCAUGCUAAAAAAUUCCAUCCUGAUAUGAAUAAAGAUGACCCAGAAGCUGAGAAGAAGUUCCAUGAGGUCUCUAAAGCAUAUGAAGUGAGUUUGACAUCUUAG